AUGGGCGAUAUUUCGGAAGAACCUCUCAGCUAUAUGUGGCUUUAUGCGAAAAAAUAUCCAUCGGGAUUUACAAGUCAUCAAGAGGAAAUUAAUGACAUUAGAAAUGGAUUGACUCACUACAACAUGAUGACAUGUGAUUUGGCCCGAAAAUUCCUUGUUUUGACGGAACAGUUUUUCGAUAUAAACGCGAAGGCUGCCAUUAUCGUGAAGGAACAGAAGGAUUUGUUCGACAAUGCCCAAGUGAACAUGAUUGACAUGGAUAGUGUUCAACUCUACAUUCAAAGUUUACGUCGUGUGUUUGAGUUGAUUCGAGAUCACAACGUUGAAUAUCGCAUUUUAUUGGAGCAGUUGAACGGAUACAAGAAUGCGCUAUUGCUAAAUAAGCACAGCAUGGAUAAAUCAGACCCGCGCAAAAGAAAAAUAAUCGAAAAUGAUGAGAAAAAUAUGAAUGAAGUUGAUAUGAAGAAAACAAAACAAGAACUCGAAGAGGAAGUCGAACAAAUCGAAGUCGACGAUGACUCUUCUGACAUCGAAAUUGAUGAUGAUGAGGCAAGCAGUGAUGGAGAAGAAGCUGAUUAUGAAGACAACGCUGACGAAUAG